CGUCCGUCGGCUGGCGCGCGCGCGCGCGUUAACGGAAUUCGCGAUCCAGCACGCAGGGACCACUGACUAAUGUUUAAAUGGACGCAUCGUCCAUUAUCACCCAAGUGUCGCGGGAUGACGAGAUAAGCGCGUUCAGCAGCGAAAAAGCUCAAUUACCUCGAGAAAAUGAAGCAGCCAACAAUAGUCAGGCGAGUGGCAGAAGGACGAGAAGACGUGGAUUUCUGCGCACUUUGCUCUGCUGCUUCGGGAGGGGUCGAGGUGGUAGUUCAAGGAGCUCCAAUGCGAGUUCUUUGCAGGGGGAUGGCCGUGGUUCGCCACCACCAGGCACCGGAUCCCCAAGGUUCCUUCUACCACCUGUCAGGCAUCAAGAUAUGCACAAGAAGUGCAUGGUAAUCGAUUUGGACGAGACUCUGGUGCAUAGUUCUUUCAAGCCAAUCAACAAUGCAGACUUUGUUGUUCCUGUAGAGAUUGAUGGAACGGUACAUCAAGUAUAUGUUUUAAAGAGGCCUUAUGUAGAUGAGUUUUUGCAGAGAAUGGGUGAAUUAUACGAAUGUGUAUUAUUCACUGCAAGCUUGGCCAAGUAUGCAGAUCCAGUCGCAGAUCUUUUAGAUCGAUGGGGUGUAUUCAGAGCGAGAUUAUUCAGAGAAUCCUGUGUAUUUCACAGAGGAAAUUAUGUUAAGGAUUUGAACAAAUUAGGUCGGGAUUUACAGCACAUUAUUAUCGUAGAUAAUAGUCCUGCCAGUUACAUUUUCCAUCCAGAUAACGCAGUUCCAGUGGCGUCCUGGUUUGAUGACAUGACGGACUCGGAACUACUGGACUUGAUUCCCUUCUUCGAGAGGCUCAGCAAUGUAGAGAACGUCUACACAGUGCUAUGCAACAGCAAUCAUCCUUACAAUCAGAUGCCUGCGCAGGCAGUGCAAAGCAAUCAGAGUCAGGCGGGAUCAGGCUCACUGGCUGCUUCCUAGCCCCGUCUGAAUUCUGGCAUCGCAGCCAGUCUUGUCGCUCAAUGCACUUUCCGGAGGAUCCUUAGGGGACUGCUGCACGUGACUCACUCGCUAUGUGGCGACGGACCUCGAAGCGUCCCCCCACGUUGACCUUCGGGAAAAUCACUCCAAUCAGCGGGAGCCGAAUGCCUUAUAUCUUAAAAAAGCGCGUCAUCCAAGUUGAUACAGUCACAGCUGCUGGUAUCCUUCUUCCUGGCGAGCAACGCGACGAGGAUUGAGUUAUAGCUUCGAAGCGCGAGUGUUCUUCCAUUUUGCACUAAAAGUCAGAUGACGAAUCGUAUCGAUCCUGUGUGAGUAGGCUGAAUUAUGUACUCGGUAAAAAAGACUUAAUGAAGGAUAAAACCAGGAGUUAGCAUGAAGCAGAAUUUGCUUGCGGGAAAAGUGAUUGAUUGCGAGAGAGAAGAAUGAUAUAGAGUGUUUCGUCGAUGAUAUAUCUCGUUUUGAAAGGAUAUUAAAAUAUAGGUAAGAGAAAGAGAGAGGAGAGAGAAUGGAGAAAAAAAAAGAAAAGAAAUCGCUCUGAGUCGUUUGAUGGGCCGUGAUGUUGCCGUUCAUUUUAUUUCUUUAUUUGAACUGAAACACUGCAAGCUUUAUUGAAUUAGAUUUCAAUUAUAUAAAAAGAAAAAAAAGAACGCUCCACCUAAGUUUUCGAAUGCUUUUGACGUAACACUUACAGAACGAGUUGAAAAAAGGAGAGUAACAGUAACAGGUAGAAUUACAAAUGCACAUUGUGUUGGUUAAGACUUUAAGAUAAAAAUAUUUUUAUUAUUUUAACUUUAAAUUAAUAUAAAAAGAGUUCUACACUGUAUUUUAAAAGAAAUAUAGCGCUAACACAUUUAUAGAUCUCAAUAUAUACAUAUAAAGUUACACAAGUGUUUUAAAGGUCAUAUGAUACUAAUAUCUAAACAGUUAAUAAUCUUUAAAGUUUUAAAAAAAAUUUAUACACGCGCGCGUGUGUAUAACUUUUUAAAGCUUUAAACAUUACAGAAGUUUAAGAUCGGUAUUCAUAGUCGGAUAUUAGAUUUAAGAUUGGCUUAAGUUUAUCUUCUUAAAGAUCUUCUGGAAUGGUCCAAUGCCAAUAAAAACUUACAGCAUCUUAAGAUGAACUUAAAACGAUUUUAAAUACAAGAUCGGAUUAUGAAUAUCGGCGUGUAAAUUUAUUCUGAAAAAGAUUGUUUCCCAGAUUUUUUGACUCGGUGAAGAAAUAUCACGUACAGAAAACUAAGAUUUCAAAAAAAAAAAAAAAAAAAUCGGAGGAAAUUCUGUUAAAAGGAUAUUUAUCAUUUCGAAAACAUUUAUAAUACUUGAAAAAGAUCAAACUUUUAACAUGGUGUUGUUGAUAGUAAACACUUUACACUGCCAAAAAGGAAAAACAACUGUUUUUCGCAUGUUGAAUUGAGUAAAAACUUUUACUUCUAUAUUUAUAUCAAAAAGACAAGAUAAACUUUGUGAACGACGACAAAAAUUACUUAAGAAUUUUUGUCACGCAGAAGACAAAUUAUCAUCCUAGAAUUCAUCGUGCAAGAUGCGCGUAAAAUCAUGAAGGUUUUUAUUAAGCAUUAUAUUUAAGUAUGUCACUUAUAUGUAUUCUUGUAUAAAACAUUUAUUAAAAAAUUACGGCUUUUAGACAAAAAAGAAAAAAAAAUUGAAAAUAAGUUUAAAAAAAAAAUUUAAGUUUCUGUUUUUAGCGAUAUUGCUUUUCGAUAUCGCGGUAGAUAUUUCCUGCUACUGAUACACACCUUUAAUGGAACUCCGUUCUGUAUGGGUAGCAUUUAAAACGAUGACAUUUAAUGAUGAAAUUUUGCAGGGUACGUACCUCCAUUUUUCUUAUCAACUCUCUCUAUAUAUUUGCGAAAAUGUCUAUUUUUACUUCAUUUUAUCAGUCUUAUAUUGUCAUCAGUCUUAUUAAAUAUACAAUUGUACUUCUUUCAGAAAUAUUUAUUCGAAUAAAAUAUUUUAACUAGUCUCGCAUGUCUGUGAAUAUAUUAAUUUCUGGUUUCAAUCUAUAGCAGCAUAAGUCUUUUUUAAAUGUUUGCCAAAAGGUUUUAAUUUUUUUAAUGGUGGUAAUAAAAAAAGGUGCGCAGAGUUUAAAACUUGCUAAAUUCAUUGAAAGAAAUGUUAAUUGAUCGCAUAAAUGUGUAUAAAUUAAAUAAUGUGCUUAAAAAAAGAGGAGAAAACAAAUUAAGUAAUCAAGGAUAAAAUAGCACAUGAAUCAUAUUGCCAAUAUUGAGAAACUAAAAACUGGGCCAAUGCAUAUCAUUCUUUCCCUCCAAACUAAUGAGGUUACGUCAUAUUUGAUCAUUCGUUUUUUUUGGAGCAGAAAAUGCUUAAGUGGAAUUUUUCUUUUUAUCAAAAUUUUCAUCUUAUUUAUUUAAGACUUAUAUGUAAAAGUAAUUAAUUUUUCUUAA